AUGGCGUUUAUUGCAAAUGCUAUGAGCCUUGUGACUUAUUUCUAUGGAUAUAUGAACUUGAGCUUGACAAAGUCUGCCACCACUCUUACCAACUUCAUGGGGACUGCAUUUAUACUAACCCUAGUUGGUGGCUUCAUCUCUGAUACUUAUUGGUCGAGAUUCAAAACUUGCGUCGUCUUCAUCUGCAUUGAAUUGGUGGGACUUGGUUUGUUAACAAUACAAGCACACUUCCCUCAACUAAGGCCGUUCCCUUGCAAAGGUGUUGCACCAAGCCAAAUGUACAAGUGUGAGGCUCCAAACACAAGCCAACUUGUAAUGCUCUACACCGGACUCUACCUAAUGGCUUUAGGCACCAGCGGCGUCAAGGCGGCUUUGCCGGCCCUGGGAGCCGACCAAUACGACGAGAAGGACCCUAAGGGAGCAGCACAGUUGUCCAGCUUCUUCAACUGGUUCUUGUUCAGCCUCACCAUUGGAGCUAUUUUUGGUGUCACUUUUGUGGUUUGGAUCAGCACCAACCAUGGCUGGGACUUGUCCUUUGUUGUGUGCACCAUUGCAGUUCUCUUUGCUCUUCUUUUUGUGUGCAUGGGAAAGUCACUCUACAGAAACAAUGUUCCCAAGGGAAGCCCCCUCCUAAGUAUCCUACAGGUUUGUGUGGUUGCCAUCAAAAACCGAAAACUUCAAAUUCCUGAGAAUACAGACGAGUUGCAUGAGAUCCAUGACAAAGAAGCAGGUGAACAACAUGAAAUUCUUCAGAGAACAGAUCAAUUCAGAUGGUUGGACCGCGCAGCAAUCUCCAGUGGCACUACGGCUGACGGUGCAACACCUACAGUACAUGGAUCAUGGAGCCUAUGCACUGUCACACAAGUUGAAGAAACAAAGCUCCUAAUCCGCAUGCUCCCAAUCAUAUUAAGCACUGUCUUCAUGAACACAUGCAUGGCGCAACUCCAGACCUUCUCAAUCCAACAGAGCACAACUAUGAACCGUAAUCUGCUCGGAUUCAAAGUUCCCGGCCCUUCAAUCCCAGCAAUCCCUUUAACGUUCAUGUUCUUUCUUAUCCCAAUUUACGAAAGAAUUUUCGUGCCAAUCGCUCGAAAAAUCACCGGGAUCCCAACCGGGAUACGCCACCUCCAGCGCAUCGCAGUUGGGCUAGUGCUCUCUGCUAUCUCCAUGGUGGUGGCCGGAUUCAUAGAAACUCGCCGCAAACACGUAGCGUUUCAACACAACAUGGUCGACAGCGCAGAGCCACUGCCGAUGAGUGUGCUUUGGCUGGGGCUGCAGUAUGCAAUUUUCGGAGCUGCGGAUAUGUUUACAUUGGUAGGGCUUCUGGAGUUCUUCUAUGCUGAGAGUGCGGUCGGAAUGAAGUCCCUCAGCACCGCCAUAUCGUGGUGUUCGAUUGCGUUUGGGUAUUUCUUGAGCACGGUGGUGGUGGAGGUGGUGAAUAAAGUCAGCGGCGGGUGGCUGGCUAGCAAUAAUUUGAACAGAGAUAAGCUGAACUAUUUCUAUUGGUUGUUGGCAGGGCUCAGUGUGCUUAAUUUUGGAGGUUAUGUGCUUUGUGCAUCUUGGUAUAAGUACAAAAAGGUGGAAGUGAUUAAGGAAGGUGAUUACAGUGGGAAGGUUGAAAUGGUUAAAACCUAGUUAGGGUUUGUUUUAGGGUGGUGCUGUCUACACACUCAUUUUUACCUCUCACAGACCUCUCUCAAUUUUCGGUCAUCGGAUCGGAUAAAUUGAAAAUCAAAGGAUAUAAAUUAACAAGAGAUGUGUCAGAGGCAAAAAUGAGUGUGUGGACGGCACUUGUUGGUACAUGAAUGAUUAGUAUAUAUUGUAAUGAUUAUCAACAUUAUUAAGAGAACCCAUAUUAUGAAAUGCAUUUUAUAACACAUGAUAUUAAACUUCAAAAUGAAGGGCAACAUGAUAAGGGGAAAUGAUUUCCGCACUCCGGAGAAAUUCAGAGUGCGGGAAUCGUUUCCCUAUGAUGAUUACAUAUUAUUCUAGACUAACCAUUUUCAUCCAAC